AAGACACUGAAUCCAUUUCCGGUCUGGGUGAUUCGUACAAGCAGAAGUCACUCGAAAGGGAUUAGCUAGCUUGCUAGCAGCUGAAAUCUCUUUAGAUGUUGGAAUUUGCUGUAAACGAGCUACUUUGAACACCACUGACACAGCAAGCGAGCACCAGAGCUGAAAGCCCAGCUGUUGCCAUGGCAAUCCUCUUUGCUGUGGUGGCCCGUGGAACCACUAUCCUGGCUAAGCAUGCAUGGUGUGGCGGAAACUUCCUAGAAGUGACUGAACAGAUUUUAGCCAAAAUCCCCUCAGAGAAUAACAAAUUGACCUACAGCCAUGGCAGCUAUCUCUUUCACUACAUCUGCCAUGACAGAAUCAUAUACCUGUGUAUCACUGAUGAUGACUUUGAGAGGUCACGUGCAUUCAGCUUCCUGAGUGAGGUCAAGAAGCGCUUCCAGACAACCUAUGGGUCACGAGCACAAACGGCCCUGCCGUACGCCAUGAAUAGUGAGUUCUCAUCCACACUGUCAGCUCAGAUGAAACAUCACUCAGACCCACGGGGAUCAGAUCGUAUUACUGAGACGCAGAUGCAAGUGGAUGAUCUGAAAGGCAUUAUGGUCCGCAAUAUAGACUUGGUCGCUCAGAGAGGAGAGAAGCUGGAGUUGUUGAUUGACAAAACAGAAAAUUUGGUUGAUUCAUCGGUCACAUUUAAGACCACAAGUCGUAACCUGGCACGUGCCAUGUGUAUGAAGAACCUGAAGCUGACUGUUGUCAUUGUGCUGGUGUGUUUGGUGGUCCUUUACAUUAUUGUCUCUGCUGCCUGCGGAGGCCUUACCUGGUCCAGCUGUGUCAAAUGAGAGGAGAGUGGGGAUUAAAGAGAGGGAGAUGAAGGAAAAAGGAAGAGGGGGGAAAAGCGCCUGUUCAACUCUGCUUACCAUUGGACACAAAAGGAAAUACAACUUUCCUUGCUUUACUCCGCUAGCUUCAACAUCCCUGGAAGACGCAUGCUGCUCCUCCUCCUCCUGCCUCCUUCUUUUGCCUCCUCCUUGAUAGUGUGCACAUUGACUUGCCUUCAGGACAGGGAGUCCCACCUCAUACCCACACUAAUGGACAGCAGCCAUGUGGCCUAAAACUGAUGUGGAAGAAUAAUCUUGUCUUAAACUAGUCUGUUAAAUUCAUCCUGUCUCAUGCACUUAGUGGCCUGAUGUAUCAGUUUGUAAUACUGUUCUGCACCUAUCUGUAAUUAAUCCAUUCAGACUGAUAUCAGAAUGAACCACAAAGAUAGCAAAGAUUACUUUGUUAUUGUCCUGCUUUUCCUUUGAUGUCAACAGAGACAUAUGGGACCUGCAAGUGCAGAUCUACCAGUUAGGACUUCCACAAUACAGUGUCAGGUUCUCUGUGAAAUCACUGAAUAUUAAUAUUUGACAAAACCGAUGCAGUAUAUAGUAUGUCUCAAGGUACAAGUGUCUUUAACAAACCCUAUUGGUGGGGUCUCUAGAAUAACAAACAGAUUUUGUGAUUUCCGUUAUGUUUUAUCACAAAGCACAGUAGUAUCUUCUACAAUGUAAGUUGUAAAAUACAAGAUAUGAUCAUACAAAUAAAUAUUGUAAAUUUGA